UAAAAGGGAACAUUUUUUUUUUUUUCUCGGUUGGUCAUCUCAGCAACAUUGGUGAAAAAAUUGAGAAGACACAAUCACUGCCCAUCUCAUGUCUCUCAUGGACAAACACAAAGUGAAGCGGCAAAGGUUAGAUCGGAUAUUUGAAGCUCCAUACCCGUUAGCCUGGAGGGCCCAGCAUGCCCUUGCCUCUUCCACUGCUGGCAGCACAACCCCUUGGUCAAUGAUGCGAAACUCGCCUGAGGCAGGCAUUCGACCUCCCAUCAUGAAUGGGCCCAUGCAUCCGCGGCCCCUGGUGGCCCUGCUGGACGGCCGGGAUUGUACGGUAGAGAUGCCCAUUCUGAAGGAUGUGGCCACAGUGGCGUUCUGUGAUGCGCAGUCCACUCAAGAAAUCCACGAGAAGGUACUAAAUGAAGCGGUGGGUGCACUGAUGUAUCACACAAUCACUUUAACACGAGAAGACUUGGAGAAGUUCAAGGCUCUCCGAAUAAUCGUCCGAAUCGGUAGUGGGUUUGACAACAUCGACAUCAAGUCAGCUGGAGAUUUAGGAAUUGCAGUAUGUAAUGUGCCAGCAGCGUCCGUAGAAGAAACCGCCGACUCCACGUUGUGCCACAUUCUCAACUUGUACAGGAGAACCACAUGGCUGCACCAAGCAUUACGGGAAGGCACGAGAGUCCAGAGCGUGGAGCAGAUUAGAGAGGUGGCCUCCGGGGCAGCGCGAAUCCGGGGGGAGACUUUAGGCAUCAUAGGACUAGGACGGGUUGGACAAGCCGUAGCACUGCGAGCGAAGACGUUUGGUUUCAAUGUAAUUUUCUACGACCCGUAUUUACCAGAUGGAAUAGAACGCGCGCUUGGCCUCCAGCGGGUCAGCACUCUCCAGGACCUUCUGUUUCAUAGUGACUGUGUAACUCUGCACUGCAGCUUAAAUGAGCACAACCAUCACCUUAUCAAUGACUUCACCAUCAAACAGAUGAGACAGGGAGCGUUCCUGGUAAACACAGCCCGGGGCGGUUUGGUGGACGAGAAGGCACUCGCACAAGCAUUGAAGGAAGGGAGGAUACGAGGAGCAGCAUUAGAUGUACAUGAGUCGGAACCUUUCAGUUUUUCUCAAGGUCCUUUAAAAGAUGCACCUAACCUCAUCUGCACACCGCAUGCGGCCUGGUACAGCGAGCAGGCCUCCAUAGAGAUGAGAGAAGAGGCGGCGAGGGAGAUCCGCAGAGCCAUUACAAGUCGUAUCCCUGACAGCCUGAAAAACUGCGUCAAUAAAGAUAACUUAACUGCAACGACGCAUUGGGCCAGUAUGGAGCCGGCCGUGGUUCACCCAGAAUUAAAUGGCGCUACUUACAGGUACCCUCCAGGUGUCGUCAGCGUGGCCCCUGCUGGCAUCCCAACUGCAGUUGAUGCAAUCGUCCCCAACGCCAUGCCUUUAUCCCACGGUCAUCCUGCCGUGGUUCACCCACCCCAUACCCCUUCUCCUGGCCAAACCGUCAAACCAGAAGCUGACAGAGACCAUCCGAGCGACCAGUUGUAGCCAAAAACCUAAAAAAAAAAAAAAAGUGAGAAAGACGACCAUUCCUUGCAUUGGAGAUCUGUAGAUCGACGGAGACUGAAGAAGCCUAGAACAUGAAGAUCAAUGUCAUCUGGAUUACAGAUAGAGGCAAAAAUAAUGAACUUGAAGAUCGUAAUUGUUUUUAGAAAUUGGUCCAAAUAUACAGUAUAAAAAACGAGAGGCAAAGAGAGCAUUUGGAAACUUUUUUUUUUAUUUUUUUUUCCCCCCUUCAUAUUAAAAAAAAAAAAAAAAAGAUGUAGUUUGUCCCUGUUCAGUGGACUGACCUCACUGUUCUGUGUCCUGUUUGGGUCCUUUGUUAAGCAAGAGAAGUUAGUAGUUAAUUAUCUCAUGAAUGUACUUGUCUGUGUACAGUUUUUAGAACAUAAAAAGGGUUUGUUUGCAUAACUAUCGAUAGGGGGGAAAAAA